AUGUCGAAAUGCUUAACAAGACAAAGUGUAGUCCGAUCGGACGUAGGGAAAGCAUUGGAAAACAAUUCAAGAUGGUACCAGGACUGCUGUCGAUCGUGGUUUGUUUGUGCAGCAUCACUGAUGUCAGUUAUUGUUGUUUCCGGGAUUGCAUUUAGUUAUGGUUUACUGUUACCGUCUUUGAUGGAUGCGUUUGAGGCUUCCCGACAAGAAACAGCGUGGAUUGGUACAUUGUAUGUAGGAUUCGCCUUUCUUGUUGCUCCGUUAUCUUCUUACAUCAAUGAUCGUUUCAGCUACAGGUUUACCGCCAUUCUAGGAUCCCUCUCAGGAAUUAUUGGUUUCAUCUUUGCUUCAUGGAGUUCCCAUCUGUGGAUGAUGUAUCUAACAUUUGGUUUAAUGUCUGGGAUUGGGCAUGGGUUGAUUUUCAGUACUUGUAAUUUGGUGAUUCUGCAGCACUUCGUAAAAUGGCGGUCAGUAGUUGUUGGUAUUGUUGCUUCCGGGCCAGCCAUUGGCAUGUUUGUCGUUUCCCAAAUCACUGACGUGUUCCUUAGUACGUUUGGAUGGCCGGGGACAAUGAGGGGAUACGCCAUCUUGUUUUUUUUUUGCGGAUUGUGUGCAACUGUGUUCAUACCUCGGGAACAGUUUGAAGAAGACAACAGCGAAUUUAAGUCUCAGAAACUCGGAAUCGAACACGGAGAAUCAACCACUUCACCUCUAUUCAGAAACAGCAAUUUUCUGAUUUUGCUUACUUCUUUCGCUGUUGUUAACAUGAGUUUUUUUGUUCCCUCUAUACACAUAGCAAAAUACUGUGUGCAGGAACUCCAUAUGUCCGAAAAGCAUGUUUCCAUGUUAUAUACAUAUAUGGCUGUGGCAUCCUUUAUCAGUCGACAUAUUUUCUGCAAAUUGGGAGACUUUCCGUACGUUAAUAGAUUCUAUCUUUAUCAAGUUGGAAUGACUAUCAGUGGACUAUGUAUCUUAUGCAUUCCAGUAGCAAGGUCGUUUGUUUCCAUACUGAUGCCAUUAAUUGGGUUUAGACUCAUGGAUGGAGCAAUGGCGGGGCAACAGUCUCUGCUAGUGUUGGAAUGCGUGGGACAUCAAAAAGUAAACCGCGCGUGGGGUUAUAUUAUGCUUUUUGCAGGGAUCAGCGCCACUAUUGGACCUCCGUUAAUCGGUCUCAUGGCUGACGAGCUUGGCUCGUACACUAUCCCAUUUUUCACUGCGGGUGCGGUGCUGAUAGCAGGGGCCUCAAUCACUCAGCUGAUGACCUGUGUAAAACAAAAAUCAGGAGAAAGUGACGGUCGCAUUGUUAAGUCAGCCGUUGAAGAGCUUUUAAUCAUGGAAAAAGUUACUGUAUUGUAAGAACUGAUGAACACUUCUGAAGCAACAGUGACCACGAAAAUAUCUGAUUUCACUUAUGAGUUAUUCAGUCAGGUCGUUUAGCGAAAGUGACUUUUUUUUCUUAAAAUUAAAUUAGAUCGGCUACUUUUUAUGUGCCCUAAAAUAAUACUGGUUACUUUGUAUCAGGGACCAGCCAUUUUUUAUCGUUAGGAGGUAAAUCUUAUAAAUUAUCGCGUAAAAUAAAUUACCUUGAAAAAAUAUUUUCGUGAAAACCAUCAAUUCUAAUCAACGAAAUCACCAUCAAAGACAAGUAGAU